AACCCGGCAGCAGCGGAUCGCUUGCCGCUGGCGGCCGACCACACACAUGAACCGCAGCGCGAUGACCGUCGUCUCGACGCCCGAGCUGCUUCGAGCAAUCGCUGGCUUCGUCUCUUCCGGCGUCACGCUGCGCAGGCUGCUCGAGGCCAUCAACCCCGCGGACCUCGAUGCCACAUGGCACAACUUCCUUGCCCUCGUUGACGAGUGGUUUGUCCUGCCCGACGACCUUUGGCCCGUCGUACAGUACGACGUUGUGCACAACGAGGUCUUUAUCUUUGAUGACGUGUGGACCUGUGCCGAUGCCCAAGGACUCUGGACGAUGGAUGUCGACACAUAUUUUCAGCGCGACGAGAGCAUCGACGCGUUGCGCCGCGAGCGCCCGCAUGUCCAGGACGGUGCGGCUGUCGGGUGGAUGGCGCCAGCGACAAUCAACGUCGCUAAAGGCGUCUGGACGAGCUGCACGCUGUAUCUGCAGGCCAAGGCCACAGCGCUCGACAUCGCUCGCCUCGCGGCUGCCUUGGCGUCGGCGCCAGGGCUGCGCGCCGUCAGCGUCAUCACCUCCCAGCUCAAGUACACGAUCGAAAUGGACCCGCCCGAGUAUAUCUUUCAUGACGAUGCAUUUCCGUCGUCGCUCGAGCCGGCCGUGUGGCAGGCGUUGCUCCAGUCGCGUGUUGUGGACCUGCGCCUCGUCGGUGUCCCUCAUUCAGUGGCUCUCAACGCGGCCAGCGACGCGCCUGCACUUGUCCGACGUCCACGUUAG